AGGGGGGUGCCACCCGCUCUGCCCCAGAUCACGUUUGCCACCCACAGCCAACCACUCUUGUCCAAGUCCGCGGGCAAGAGGCGAUUGGGGGCAAGCGAGCUCGGCACCCCAGGCUCCGUCCUGUCCCCGCCGGCCCGAGGCGGAAUAUCCUGCCCUCCAGGCCACCUCCCCACGGUGGAAUCCGAGCGGCGGCCUCGCAGGAAGGCAGAAGCGAAAUGUAGCGAGCCGGGUGUCGCGGUUGGACGCUCGCCUUGGCUGGGAGUGUAGCGGGGCACACGCUGGGGCUCGAGGAGGACGGCUGAGGGGGAGGAGUGAUGAGAAGAGGGGGUACCCUGCAUCCCCCGAUACCGCGGGCCCCUGCUGCCACUCUCCCGGCGCCCUUCAUCCCCAGCGAGGCGCAGGUAUUCCACACAGAUUCUUGUGACUUUAAGGACCAGGCAACUGAGAAAGUACAAGAUCUUCUCAAGAAGGGAGGAGACCUCUGGGAGAGAGGGAAAAGACAGCAGGCACUGUCCUGGGACCAGCUGAGCCCAAGGUGCUGUGGGAAGCUGAGAGCACCCAGCAGGAGUGGGAAGAAGCCCCAGCCUCAGACUGAAGUUGUGUUCUGAACAAUCUGAAUUCAUUCAGCUUUUCACAAGAGGGCUGGCUGCAGCAUCAGGCACUCCAGACUCAGGUUGAGCUCAUCUCUUCUGCAUGCCCCUGCUCUGAGGAGCUGGCCACUGAGAACCAAAGAAAUCCACCCCCCACCCCAAGCAUAGUGCAGAGCUGGGGGCAGGCACCAGCACUCACCCCUAGUGGCAGCUGCUGCAUCUGGUGUGAGGCGUUUGUUUCCUUCCAGCUCCAGGCUGCAUUGCUUGAUGGGGCUGCCUUUUGGUAGAUCAGUUUUUAUAGUGCCAGGUAGGAGUGGAGAGCCGUGGGAAGAGGUCCCGCGGCACUCAAGCUUGGGUUCGGCCCAAGACUAAGUUCUUUCCCGAGUUAGAGUCAGAGGAAGAAAGAAAAAUAAAUAAAUUCUCCCCUCCUCUCCUCCCUGCCUGUCAUGUCCUCUAAGCCAGAGCCAAAGGACAUCCACCAGCCGAACGGUACUGGCCCUACUCCUUCUCCCUGCUCUUCGGAUGGCCCUGGGCGAGAGCCCUUGGCUGGGACCUCAGAGUUCCUGGGGCCUGAUGGGGCUGGGGUGGAGGUGGUGGUGAUUGAGUCUCGGGCUAACGCCAAGGGAGUUCGGGAGGAGGACGCACUGCUGGAGAAUGGGAGCCAGAGCAAUGAAAGUGACGACGUCAGCACAGACCGCGGCCCUGCGCCACCCUCCCCACUCAAGGAGACCUCCUUUUCCAUUGGACUGCAAGUGCUGUUCCCCUUCCUCCUGGCAGGCUUUGGGACCGUGGCAGCUGGCAUGGUGCUGGACAUUGUGCAGCACUGGGAGGUCUUCCAGAAGGUGACAGAGGUCUUCAUCCUGGUGCCUGCACUGCUGGGGCUCAAAGGGAACUUGGAAAUGACCCUGGCGUCGAGGCUGUCCACUGCAGCCAACAUUGGACAAAUGGACACACCUAAGGAGCUCUGGCGGAUGAUCACGGGGAAUAUGGCUCUCAUCCAGGUUCAGGCCACAGUGGUGGGCUUCCUGGCAUCCAUCGCAGCUGUCGUCUUUGGCUGGAUCCCUGAUGGCCACUUUAGCAUCCCACAUGCCUUCCUGUUGUGCGCCAGCAGUGUGGCCACAGCCUUCAUUGCCUCCUUGGUGCUGGGUAUGAUCAUGAUUGGAGUCAUCAUUGGGUCUCGAAAAAUUGGGAUCAACCCAGACAAUGUGGCCACGCCCAUCGCUGCUAGCUUGGGCGACCUCAUCACCUUGGCACUCCUCUCAGGCAUCAGCUGGGGACUCUACCUGGAAUUGAAGCACUGGCGAUACAUCUAUCCCCUGGUAUGUGCCUUCUUUGUGGCCCUGCUGCCUGUCUGGGUGGUGCUGGCCCGAAGGAGCCCAGCCACAAGGGAGGUCUUGUAUUCAGGCUGGGAGCCUGUCAUCAUUGCCAUGGCCAUCAGCAGUGUGGGCGGCCUCAUCUUGGACAAGACUGUAUCAGACCCCAACUUUGCAGGAAUGGCUGUCUUCACACCUGUGAUUAAUGGUGUUGGGGGCAAUCUGGUGGCUGUGCAGGCCAGCCGCAUCUCCACCUUCCUCCACAUGAAUGGCAUGCCAGGGGAGAACUCUGAGCCAACUCCUCGCCGCUGCCCCAGUCCAUGCACCACCUUCUUCAGCCCUGACGUGAAUUCACGCUCAGCCCGGGUCCUCUUCCUCCUUGUGGUCCCAGGACACCUGGUGUUCCUCUACACCAUCAGCUGUAUGCAGGGCGGACACACCACCCUCACUCUCAUCUUCAUUAUCUUCUACAUGACAGCUGCACUGCUCCAGGUGCUGAUUCUCCUGUACAUCGCAGACUGGAUGGUGCACUGGAUGUGGGGGCGGGGCCUGGACCCGGACAACUUCUCCAUCCCAUACUUGACUGCUUUGGGGGACCUGCUUGGCACUGGGCUCCUAGCACUCAGCUUC